CAUUUUCGAAUAAGAAAUUGUAAAUGGGCGAACGACCGAAACGAGAGCUGGCGAAUCGAGAGCGCUCUCAGUAAAUCAAUUCGUAUCAUUAGUUGUUGUCGAUAUCUAUCGCCUACUCUUGGCUGAGUGGGCUUCUAAUGACUGGCUCUAUCGAAUUAGAUUCAUCCGCAGGUCUCAUAAAACGGCGCGAAAUAGUGGUAGUGAAGUGAUAGUGGGGUGGUGUUGUGAGUCUCGGUAGAGCAGCGGCUGCAGCCGAGGCGAUGUCUGCGCGGUGGUAGCGGGCGGCAGCAGCAUGGCGGCGGCGGCGGCGGGCGCGGGGGCCGCGGGGGGCACGGGGCCGGGGGUCUCGCUGAAGCCCAUCGAGGUCCCGCAGGCGCUGCAGGACGGAGACAAGUUCAUCAAGUGGGACGAGGAGUCGGGCGCGGGCGUGCCGGUGACGCUGCGCGUGGACGGGCGCGGGUUCUUCCUGUACUGGACGGACCAGAACCACGAGGUGGAGCUGCUGGAGCUGGCCACCGUGCGCGACGUGCGCACCGGCGUGCACGCCAAGGUGCCCAAGGACAUGCGCGUGCGGCACGUGGUGUCGAUGGGCCCGGCGGGCGCGCUGGAGGACAAGACGGUCACGGUGUGCCACGGGAUGGACUUCGUCAACGUCUGCUUCAUCAACUUCUGCUGCGCCAAGAAGGAGAUCGCGCAGCUGUGGACGCGCGAGCUGUUCGCGCUGGCGUACAACCUGAACCAGCUGACGGCGUCGGCGCUGGGCGCGCUGGAGAAGCUGCACGCGCGCAUCGCGCUCCGCCGCGACAAGCAGGGCUACAUACAGGUCAAGAACAUCGUGCGUCUGUUCGCGAGCAGCAAGGAGGACCGGCGGCGGGUCGAGGCGGCGCUGGGCGCGGGCGGGCUGCCCUGCGGAAAGGACGACCGGCUGCACGUGGACAAGUUCACCUUCGAGGACUUCUUCACCUUCUACAAGUGCCUCACGCAGCGCGACGAGGUCACGCAGCUCUUCAACCAGAUCUCGGGCGGCAAGCCGGUGCUGUCGGCGGCGGCGCUGGCGGGCUUCCUGAACGGCGUGCAGCGCGACCCGCGGCUCAACGAGAUCCUGCACCCGUACGCCGACCGCGCGCGCGCCGCCGAGCUGCUGCGCACGCACGAGCGGAACCCCUGCCACGUCAGCAGGGACCAGAUGACGCCCGACGGCUUCCUGAGGUUCCUGCUGUCGGCGGACAGCGGCGCGGUGGCGGCGCACCGCGUGGAGGCGCUGGACCUGGACCAGCCGCUGGCGCACUACUACAUCAACAGCUCGCACAACACCUACCUCACCGGCCACCAGAUCACCGGCAAGAGCUCCGUCGAGAUCUACCGCCAGACGCUGCUCGCCGGCUGCAGGUGCGUGGAGCUGGACUUCUGGAACGGGCGCACGGAGGAGCCGGUGAUCGUGCACGGCUACACGUUCGUGCCCGAGGUGCCCGCCAGAGACGUGCUCGAGGCCAUCGCCGAGGCCGCCUUCAAGACCUCCGACUGCCCCGUCAUACUCAGCUUCGAGAACCACUGCAACCCGCGCCAGCAGGCGAAGAUCGCGACGUACUGCCGCGAGAUCUUCGGGGACAUGCUGCUGGACCGCGCGCUCGACUCGCACCCGCUCGUGCCAGGAGGCGAGCUGCCGCCGCCGUCGGCGCUGCGGCGCAAGAUCAUCAUCAAGAACAAGAAGAAGCACCACCACAAGCGCGCCGCGCCCCCCGCGCCCCCCGCCGCCGCCCCCGCGGCCCCCGAGCCCGAGCCCGAGCUCGUUGAGCCCGCCGAGCCCGCGGACCCCCCCCGUCUCGCGCGUCAGUCGUCUUCAUCAUCAUCGUCAUCAUCGUCGGGCGAGGACGCGGCGCCCGCGUCGGACGAGGAGCGGGAGACGCACGCCGGCGCCGAGCUGUCUGCCCUAGUGAACUAUGUGCAGCCCGUGCACUUCAGCAGCUUCGACGCCGCCGACAAGAAGAGCCGCUUCUACGAGAUGUCGUCGUUCGACGAGCGGCAGGCGACGGCGCUGCUGAAGGAGCGGCCCGUGGAGUUCGUGAACUACAACAAGCAGCAGCUGUCGCGCGUGUACCCGGCCGGCACGCGCGUCAAGAGCACCAACUUCAUGCCGCAGGUGUUCUGGAACGCGGGGUGCCAGCUGGUGGCGCUGAACUUCCAGACGCUGGACGUGGCCAUGAUGCUGAACCUGGGCGUGUUCGAGUACCAGCGCCGCUGCGGCUACCUGCUCAAGCCAGAGUUCAUGCGACGGAAGGACCGUCGUCUAGACCCGUUCGCCGAGUCGACCGUAGACGGCAUAAUCGCGGGCUCUCUGUCCGUGCGCGUGGUCUCCGCUCAGCUGCUGUCGGACCGCCGCGCCAGCACGUACGUGGACGUGGAGCUGUUCGGCCUGCCCGCCGACACCGUGCGCAAGCGAUACCGGACACGGACGGUCCCUAAUAACGCCAUCAAUCCGGUUUAUAAUGACGAGCCGUUUGUGUUUAAGAAGGUGGUGCUGCCGGAGCUGGCGCUGCUGCGUCUGUCUGCCCACGAGGAGGGGGGCCGGCUGCUGGGCCACCGCGUGCUGCCGCUGCAGGGGCUGUGUCCGGGCCACCGCCACGUGCCGCUGCGCAGCGAGGCCGGCCUGCCGCUGCCCGCCACGCUGCUGCUCACCAUCACCGUGAAGGACUACGUGCCGGACCAGCUGUCGGAGCUGGCGGAGGCGCUGGCGAACCCCAUCAAGUACCAGUCGGAGCUCGAGCGGCGCGAGCAGCAGCUGGCCGUGCUGGCCGACGACGCGGGGCUGGACGAGGGGGAGGGGGGGGCGGCGGGGACAGCGGGGGGGACAGCGGGGGCGGCCGGGGGGGGAGGCAGCCCCGCGCACGAGCCCUUCGUGGUGGUCCCCGCCGAGCCGGCCUGCGCGGCGGCCCCCGCCCCCGCCCCCGCGCCCCCGCCGCCGCCGCCGCCCACCACGGCGGAGUGCCUGGCGGCGGUACUAGACUGCCGCGGGGCGCGCGACGCCCGCGCCGCCCUGGCGCGCAAGCUGGACCAGCUGCGCCGCAAGCACCAGCCCCGCGCCGCCAGCCUCGUCAAGCGGCUGUCCACUAGGAACAUGUCGGAGCCGGCAGCCGACAGCAGCUCGCUGGCGGCGGCGGAGCGCGCGCUGCGGGCGCGGUACCUCGCCGCCGCCCACGCCGCCUGCGACAAGACGCUCCGGGCCGCCCACCAAGCACAGCUCAAGCAGCUGCAGGACGAGCUGGAGGCGGAGAAGAAGGCGAGCUCGCUGCGGCUGGCGGCGGCGCGCAAGGAGGGCGUGCGCGCGCUCAGCAAGCGCCGCGACGCCGAGCGCGACGAGCGAGAGCGGAUCAAGCGCGAGAUACACAAGCAGUCGGUGGAGCGCGGCGUGGCGGAGCGGCUGCGGCUGGAGGCGACGUACUCGCGCCGCCGCGAGCUGCUGGCGAGACAACACGAGAGAGAGCGGGACGCACUGCACCGCCACCAGCACCAGGAAACGGAAGAAUUGAACGCGAUGUACGGCCCCCCGGACGCGGACGGCUAGACCCCCCCCCGCGCCCCCCGCGGCCCCCUCUGUGAUACUCUCUGCCCCUUCUAGUCAGGCGCCUGCGAGAAUACGCGAGAACGUGCGAGAUUGUACGAGAACUCGCCAGAACGCGCGAGAAUGUUCGCCUCUGAUCUUUCUUCCCUCCCCGUGGACUGGCGGACGUAGACGUCGUGUCUAACUAUACAUAUCUCCUUCCGCCAUCUUGGAUGUACAAGUGUUCUUCCCGCUCUCAUCGUGAUAGCUGUAGGUUAUUGAUAUUGUACUGUACCUCGGCAGUCGCCGCCGAGCCCGUUUGAAGCUUCUACUACUUCAACUAUUGUUUAAACAGUUCACUACAAUGUUAUACACACUAGUCCUGGCGCCCUGGCGGUUCGUUGUACAAAUAUAUAAUUAACGUAAAGAAACUUUGGUUGUAAAACAUUCUGUCUUAUGAUUGUGUAAAAUUACUUAUGAAUUUCUUAUGUAAUAUUUAUAAUUAUGAUUUUAUUAAGUCAUAAAUAUUAGAGUAGCGUCAAUACAAGAGAUGAAUGUCGCCAACAUUUUGAGAAAAAUGUACAAUUAAGUUAAGUUAUCUCAAGCAUUUUUUUGUAGUUCUUAAUUAUACUUAUAAUCAAAAUAGGAAAGUUAUGCAGUGCAUAAUGUUCAGCAGAAACUGGCCACCUACCACGUGGAUUCACAGAAAUAACAAUAUUUGCGCCCAACACCUACAUAGUAUUAAACUUAAUCCAAACCGAAUUUACUUUACAAAGUUAGCGUAUACGGAGAUUUAGUGAAUACUAAGCAGAUCUAGGACCUAGACCAUCAGUAAGUACUGAGCUAGAUCUAGAAUCUAGGCCAUCAGUGAGUACUGAGCUAGACCUAGGAUCCAGGCCAUCAGUGGGCGGUGGCGCUGCCUCGCUCUUAUGAAACUUGUCUGAAGUGAUUCCUUUGUUCAGUGGUUAGUGAAGUGUCAACUUAGUGUUAGUAGCUCGUAUAUACAUAUUAUAUUAUUAACUAUGUAGAGAGUGUUUCGUAGCGGAGUCUCUGCGCACAAAAUCUUCCUUGUGUACUUGUUUGAUGCAUGGCACGAUAGUACAUUAGAAUAUGCAGCCAAAAAAAGCAGUUGAAUGGUGUAAUUUAGGUCGAUAAUUCUAAUAUCAGCGGCCUUCACUCAAGUUGUAUGUUGUAUCCGACUUAUUCAUAUAAAUAAAAAAAACCGUCUAAGUAUACCGUAGUGAGCACCCGUAGUGCGCAGGCUCGUGAGUUGAUCUGUUGUGUUCACGGUUUAGUUUUGAGUCUUCAUAUAAGUACGUUGUAGAGUUGAACGGGUAUGUAGUCGGUAAGCGCUUGAGUUUACGUUUCGUACAUGUUACACCGAGUACACACUUCUUGUACAAGUUAGUUCGUUUCGUCACACGUUUUGUAGUAAAAUAUAAUUAUGUAGAUCAUCGGAGUAAUUACUAAUGAUUAGACCGGGGUUGAUAAGCACUAAAAUGUGA